UCGGGCGAGCUUGCGCCUGCGCUUGCAGCGAGGGGACGCAAAAGAGCCGCGCGGGCGUCGCGAGCAAGUUCGCAAUGUGGUGGUCGCGGCGCAGCGCGCACGGGAGCCGCGUGCGAGCGGCGAGCGCGCUGGCAGGAGGAGGAGGCGGAGGAGAGGCGCUUCCGAGCCAAACAAAUGCAGCGCGCGCGCGGCGCGCAGUGAGCGAGACAGAAAGCGGACAGCGCGAGAGCACGGCAACAGUCCGCGGGCGAAGAUGCGCCGAGCCGCCUGACAUCGCAGUCGCAGCUUUCCUCCUCGACGCGCUGUGGAGUGUCGGCCCGAAGCUCAUACCGUUCCUCAAGACCGCCUGCCUUUAUUUCGUGCUGCAACCCGACCAACCCUGCCUCUCGACUGUCUGCUUCAAGUGCCUGCCCAUCAUCAGUCUCAUAAUCUUCAUCUUCUUGAACGGCAUCAGCUUUUCCAAAGAGCACGCCUUCAGUCGGCGAAUAUUGACGGGACUGAUUUUUAGCUGCUUCGGCGAUGCCUUUCUUGUCUGGCCAAGUUGUUUUAUCCUCGGUGUCUGUAUGUUCGCUGUAGCUCAGAUUAUGUACAUGACUGCUUUUGGAUUUGCCCCGUUCAACGCCAAACUCGGAGCAUUCGUCUACGCUUUGAGUGCAAUGAUCAUCUAUACGCUAAUGCCCGGUCUCGAUGGCGUUUUGAGAGUUGGCGUACCAGUUUAUACGCUGCUCAUAGGCACCAUGUCGUGGCGAGCUGUAGCGAGAAUACAGGUUUUCAAGAAACCAUGGACAUGGACCAAGUUCUGUGGCGGACUUGGAAGUAUUUUAUUUGUUAUAUCCGACACUCUACUCGGAUUUCAUCACUUUCACGGACCAGUUCCUUUUGCUCAAUAUUCCAUUAUGUCAACGUACUAUGUAGGACAACUAGGCAUAACUUUGAGUACCGUAGAUACAAUAGACAAUAAAAUAUCAGUCGCCAAACGAUGAGAAAUAAACCUUUUAAAAUUUUUACUCUUGAAUCAUCGACAAUAGAUAUUGGUUAGUGCGAAAUAUUGUUACAAUUCAAAAGGUAGUUGCAAAUAUUUACACUGCCACGCGAAAAAUAAUUGAUGGUAAAUUCUUCUUAGUAGAUUCUUGUAAAUGGAGCCAAUAUUUCGAUUAUGAAUACGUUAAUUACGCUAAUUUUCAAGUGUUAAGGCGUUUAGCUGCUAAAAUUACGUUCAACUGUCCAACCGUACAGUUCCAUCGUUAAAAAUUCUAGCAGCAUAGUUUUGUACGUGGAUUACUAUUACUUGUAAUAGGGAUGGCAGAUCACGCCUGAUCUGACAUCUUUCAUUGAUCUGAUGCCCCCCUCCCUCCGAUCAAACAUCUCUCUAGCCUACCUACUCUUGUGAACUAUAAUAUAAUGUUAAUGGUAUUUUAUAUUCUAACCGUAUAUGCUGAACGGUUUAUUCAUCGGUUCAACGAUGACAUAUUAUGUAAAUGUGAAAAAAUGAAGUACAAGUUAUUAAGUAGUUUCACAACAUAUUUAUACUAGAUCAAUUGACCUUAGAAUUUUUAGAAUUUAUGACAUUUGAUAGAUCAUGUCACGGACAUUGAGUGAUUAGAUUUUGAAAUAAAUCAACCAUGUUAUAUUAUUAUUGUAUAAUCAGUACCAUAUGUAUUUCUUAACAAUCGAUAGAAUUCCAUUCGUUACCAAUGACGAUUAAUCAUUGAUUCCACAGGUUUAAACAAAUGCAAUUUAGUAAAACUUAGCUAAUUAUAUGGCACAAGGUUAAGCUUCCUUGUUCAUACAAAUUCAUUUAAAAACUAAUUGUUAUUUUUUUACAAAAUACAUGACGAAAUUGAAAAUGUGCAUAUCAGUUCUUGCGUUUGCAAUACUUUUCACAAAAUGUACAAUAAUGAAAGUUAUGAUAUGAUAGCAUCACAAUAGAUAAAUAUCUCCGGCGUUAAAAAGAAUUCAGUGUUAAAAAAUAAUACAUGUUAACUUAAACGUUGCAAUACUAAAUACCGAUAAUAAAUAUCGAUCCAUAGUUCAACAAAUUUAUAACAUUUUCAGCAAUGACAAGGUGUAUGCAGUGUUAAUAUUCUAAUCUAUAUAAUGGAGACUGAUGUACAAAAAUAAUCUGAAAAAAAUGUAGUUAUUAUUGCGUGAUAAUCUCUGGCCAAACUAUACUAAGAUACUUUUUAAUGUGAUUUUUCAAUAACUAAUAAUAACCCCCCCCCCCCCCCCAACUUGAACUCAACGAUUUCAAUAAUUUUUUUAUAUGUACUAUCCCCAAAUCUUACCCCGAAACCCGUUUUCUUAUUCUAUCACAGCAUAUAAUGUAUAGUUUUUAAUAAAACCAAGUAGAAAAUAUUUGUCAUAAUAAGUCUAAGAUAUUGAGUGUAUUUCUAGUUUAUGGUGUUGCAACCUUCACUUAAUUUUUUUAAACUAGAUUUUUAUUUAUUUAUUUUUUAUUUUCAUGAAAACCAAAGUAUGUAUACUCAACGAACAUUUAAGUUAAUACGUUUCAGGAUUUCUUAAAUAAACACUGUUAACUACUCUUUAAAGUAGUAGACCGUAUUUGGUGAUUAAACGUUAACUUAUUCCUUAAGAUUUAUUCGAAAUAGAAUGAAAUUUAUAUUAAAAGUAAACAUAUCAUACAUUUUUUACAAUAGUAGUAUUAAAAAAUCACCUCUUAAAGUGAAUUAUUAAAUAUUAUUUGAAAUUUCAAUAAAUCACAGUGUCUUAUUCUACAAAGUGUUGACAAUAAUGGUAAUCUUCAAAAAAAUGUUUAAAACAUGAUUUUUUACACCAACCACAUCGUAUAAUAUAGCAAUAUCGUUACAUUCUUCUAUUCCGUAAUUUACAUUGCAGGAAUCUCCAAAACUAAACUCAACAGUAUUUUCAAAUUUAUCUGGUUUAUCAUAAAUGUAACCUGCUUUUGUACUAGAAAUAUUUAAACAUAUUUUUAUAGUUUGGUGAAAAAAACUAAUUAUGAACAAAAGAUUGCAUUUUUGUGAUGUUAUUUCUUAAAUAUAAAUCUAAUCGAUUAAAAUCACUUGACCUGAAAAAUGUACGAAAUUUUUUCCGAUACAAAAUCCAUACAUAUCAAAUAGUUAAAUCUUUUCUGUUGUUCCUGUUCACGUUUCUUACGUUAACAAUUUUAUUUUUUUGCAUCGUUUCUUCUACAACUGUUACGCAUAAAAUACUUGUUCUAAUUAAUUCUAAAGGGAUCUAUAAUCAAAAAUAUAUUCACCAACUCAUUUUAUUUAUUUUUGCAUUAUAAUAAACAAAAAAUUACUCGCCUGUAGUUAGUUUUCUAGAUUUAGAUGCUUCUACAUACACAUUUUCUGAUCUUAAAAACUGUUGUUCCAUAACAGGGUCGAAUGGACCAGUUGAUUCUUCUAAAAUGACUAAAAGUGGUGAAAACAGUUGUCCAGUAGUUGAUAUAAGUUGUUGUAUAGUGUAACUAUUUGUUGUAUAACGAUGAAACUGACUGUACCAGGUAUUGCAUGUUUUUCUCCUUCAGGUGUGAAUGUUUUUCCAGAAUGCAUUUCUAAUUAGAACCCACUUUCAAGAGAAGUUUUGAAAUUAGAUGCGUGCAGUUUUUUCUCUAGACGUACCCACCUUUAUUAAUCGUGCAAGUUCAACGUUUUAACUAACUGAUCGAUGAUACUUUUCUGAAUCUUUUUUUGACUGUUUCAAUAUUAAAAAGUUUCAUUUUUCCGUUUUUGUAAUAUUCUAUGGCCUUCUGUUGGUAAUCAAAACAGAAUAUAAUCAAAAUUCUGUUUGUAAGCAAAACAAAAUCAUGUCUUCAGUAUCUUUCAUACACUGGUUUACUAUGGCGCAACGUCAGUAUAAGGAAAAUGAUGUUGAACUUCAUCUUCAAUUAUUUCAGCAUCAACAUUUUUAUAUUCUUCAUGAAAAUCCAAUGUUCUUCAAAAAGCUUAUAUUCACUUCAUUUAAGUCAUUUGCGUCAUUAUAUUGAUUAAUAUUUGUUUACAUUUUUCUUACGACUCCAUUUCUUUAUCAUUUGUCACGCUAUUUAGUAUAUAAGAAAUAUGCUAAUAAUAAAUUUACUACAUUUAAAGGAUUAAUCUUCAUCUGUGAACUUAAAAUAAUAACAUAGAAUAAAUCUUUAUUAGGAUUACUUCAUCGGUGCAGAAAUAUAAUUGAAAUAAGAUUUGAAAAAUUGCGAAGUAUAUACUGAUACUUUAUAACAUACUAGCUCUUUACGACGCGCUUUGCUUGACACGUGACCAUCUAUCAGCUAAUCAAAUUACGAACAAACUGAUUUCACUUAUAGACCCAUCUCCUUUUAUAGAAGAAAAAUUGAAUUAUUAAAAAAAUUGAAAUGAUUUAAACAAAAAAAUUUAAGUGAAUAUUUUUUUAAAAUACUACUUUUGAUCUGAAUAAAAAAUAAUAAAAUCUUUUGAAUUAAAUUAAAAAAAUCAUUUUAAAAAAACAAAUAAAUCACAGGUAAUAUAGUACAUUACGAUACAAGUGCUUAUUAUAAUCGCUUCGCUCGGGCGUAAACGCCACACGAGACAAGAAUCCACUUUCUCGAACAUGUGCCGUACCGUAUUUUUUGAUACGACGUCUGGAAAGUGCGAUUUUCAACGCACGUUUUCUGUCGAGUGUGCAGGAAAGACGCACUUUGCGCACGGAGUGUCGAAAUAGUACAUUACGAUACAAGUGCGGGAAAGUAGAUUCUUGUCUCGUGUGGCGUUUACGCCCGAGCGAAGCGAGGGUGGAAAGGUACACAAGACGAAAAACUCUCCCGAACAUGUGCCGUACCGUAUUUUUUUAUACGACGUGUGGAAAGUGCGAUUUUCAACACACGUUUUUUGCCGAGCGUGCGGGAAAAACGCACUUUCCGCACGGAGUGUCGAAAAAAUACUUACGUAACUACUUGAAAAUUAGAUGAUUAUAUGAAAAGAAAUCUAUACCAUUGAUCUUAUAGAUCUGUAUGCUUAAUAAUCAUACGUGUAUAUCUUUCCACAUAAAUAUAGACGUGUUGGAGAAAACUAAAAGAUUUAACGUUUUUAGUAUAUCACUACAAUAAGGGAAUUUGUGAGUGCAUUAUUACUCUUGAAGAUUCAUGAAUAAUGAUAAGUUGAAUAAAUUCUUGCUUUCAAGCCAUACAAGAGUCAAGGGUUAGAGCAAUUGGUCGCAGGUUAUAGGAGUCAGGAGUUAAGGUAAUUGGGGUUCAUGGAUCUGAGCUUAUAGGCCUUGCAUGUUACAGAGGUCGUAGGUUAAGGCGAUCGAAAUUUAAGGGUUUGGAGUAUUUAGCGAUUGGGCUGUUUUAAUGUUGUUGCGAAACUGCUAGAAUACUAAUCUUCAGUCAAUGAUAUCUCGAUGGUAAAAAAUAACUCUAAUUCAAAAAACGCGUUUUAAUGGGCAAGAAUGCUGCAUCGUCAUGACUACUUAUUUAAAAAAAAAUUUAUUAGCGGUAUUUCAUAACCUCGAACAUAUAGCAAAAUAUUAUGAUUUUUGCACUUCUAGGAUAGGAAAUCUUGAGAAUCUUACGAGAUAAAUCAAUUCUGAAGUCAGAUUCGUAUUCAGCACAUCGAAAACCUACGUAAAUAUAUAAUAUCGCGUUUCUAGGUUUUUUCCAUUUUGAAAUUUUGUCAGCAUGUGUUAUAUUAUACAAAUAAUUAUAACGGAGAAGAUAAUAAUAAAAAUUACUCCGAUAUACUCUUAAAAACAUUAUAAUUGAUUAACUUAUUCAAUAUAAGUAUUUUAGAGAAAAAACUUUUUUACCAAUUACAUACGGUUUCCCAUCUUAAGGAUGGAUAACGGUGCUCGGGAAUGGUUAUUUAAAAAAUUCUGGCAAACGAUAAUUAAAUGUUCGGUAUGAUAAGCAGAAAUACUUUCUUAACUUUUUUAAGUUCAUACUUUCGUUUUCAUGAAAAAAAGAAUAAAAAUCCUGUUUGAAAAAAAUAUAAAAUAAGGGUUGCAACCCUCAGGGCCAUAAAUACACUUGAUAUCUUAGACUUCCUACAAUAAAUGAGCCGUUUAUUUUGAAAGUGACCUAACUCCAUUUUUCAAUUUUCUGCCGCUUACAAUGGUUACAUGUACAACUUCAUGUUAUUUAUCAGUGACGCACUUCAGAUUGCUUAUAUUCAAAGAAAAUACGAUACAUUUUUUACACAUAAGUUUUCCGAAUUGAUUGAACGUAUAUUUUUAAAUUCAUUCUAACGCAAAACUUUUAAUAUCUCGAUUUGAAGAUGAAUGGAGUUAGGCCACUUUCAAAAUAAGCGGCUCAAAUAUUUUCCGCUUGGUUUUAUUAACAAAUAUUUAAUAGAUGCUAAGAUACAACGAAAAAAAUUAUUUGAAAGGUACGAUCGGAACAAAAAGAAAAAUACAUCUCUCAUAUUUUGUCGAGUACUAUAACAAAAAAAUUGUUGAAAUCAAGAAAGUCAGGGGUUUCCUGCAAGUCAUUGUUAUUAGUGAUUGUUUUCGAGCAACACGGAAAAUAUAAAUAUGACAUGUAUCUGUAUUCUUAUACUUGUAAGUUUUUGUCCGUUCAAUCAUAAGAACUCAAUGUAUUUGGUAUAAA